CAUACCAUACUUUCACUACCUACACAUCGACCUGAACUUGGAGGAUGCUGUCUAUAAGAACGAUAGCCAGAGCCAAGCUGUGGGGACGAUGGAUGACAUGGGCCGGACAUAAGAUCGGGGAUAACGGUGGAGAGCGAAAAACGUCGUCGCAAACCAGUGCCUGCUCCUCCAACAGACGAGUUUAGCAUUCUCUGAGUGUCUGUCUGAGCAGUGCGAGCUACCACUCAUCUUGCACGUCGCAUCUCUACGUGGAUCAACCAUGCGGGAAGCGGUAGGUGGACAUGCGGCUGCUCACCGCGACUCCACAUCACUGCCGCAGCAGAUUGAGCUUGGGCUCGAGGAUGUGUGGAUUGGUGUGACCGAUCCGAAGGAGAGGCGCAGGCUGCAGAACAGGUUAAAUCAGAGGGCCCGAAGGCGCCGUCAGCACUUGGCUAAAGAGCUACCCAGAAGAUCUGAGCGAUAUGAUUCUCAGGCUUGGUCCACAACAGUAUCGGCGCCCUAUCAACUCGAUUUACAAUGCUUGGAUGAACUCCGCAUCUUUGGUCCGCUUGCCGCAAAAUCCCGCAGUACCCUGCAGCAACUAGAAGCUAUGGUGCAUGUUGAGUUUGCACUUGGCUCACCACAGGCCGAUUUGCGUUUGGGCGUGACUCGGUUAAACAUUUUGCGGGCAUUGUACACCAAUGUUGACAUUUUAGGUUAUGAUGCCAAAGAUAUGGCUGCCGAUGAGGCGCUGUCAAUGUUCGCCAUGAUUGGGCCACGAUGUCUGGCAACAGCCGGUCGGGAGGCUGUCCUGCCUCCUGCAUUGCAGCCUACAGAGAUUCAACGCACUGUACCCCAUCAUCCCUGGCUCGACCUCAUCCCCAUUCCCGGGAUGCGCGACAACCUCAUUCUGAUGGAAGAUCUGAUGGAUGAUCGCCAAUUGUGUCGGGAUAUGUGCGGCUACCGCUCUCAGGUACCUCGGUCAGGGCAUAGACGCCCUACAGGGAUGGGAGAAACAGGAGUGAUUGUGUGGAAAGAUCCCUGGGAUCCUGCUGGGUGGGAGAUCACCGAGACCUUCUUCCAGCUGUGGGGGUGGUCCGUCAAGGAUUGCUGGGGUUUGUUUAGUUCGACCAAUGCAUGGCGGAUGCGCCGGGGAGAGAGACCACUCUUUGCAAUACGUUCUACCGAUAGCUAUUAGUGGAGUGGGAAUGCAUCUAGUACUUUUAGAUUAUACUUUGCCAUCCGUCGGUUUGAUCAUCUG